AUGAGGGACCAAUCUCCCUUUACCCCCCUAUCACCCGACCCAACCCCAGGCCCAUCCAGUCGCGAUCGGCGAUAUGCCUGCGCCCCCUUCUUCCUCCCCCUGUUUACCUCCCCUUCCACCGCUCCCCUUCGCCUCCGCGGCGGCGCCCGAGGCAAAGGAAAGUCCCAGCCACCCGGCAGCUCCCGGCGGCUCGAAGUCCCCACUGCAUCCCGGGUCAAGACGCGUUCCUCCCGCGCAACUCCCUUCACCGACCUCGACAAGCUCAAACUUGAAGAGCAGGCGGUCAAGUCCGAGGUGGCUCGUUUGAACUUGGCGUUGCGGGAUGUCGAGGGGGAUGGGAAUUGCCUCUUCCGCGCCCUCUCGGAUCAGAUAUACGGCGAUCAAAAGCGUCACCCCGAGAUGCGCAAGUUUACGUGCGACUAUCUCGAGGCGCACGAGGCGGAUCUGGGGUACUGGGCGUCGUACUGCUCGUUUAUGGAUGGAGAGGACUAUGCGGGAUAUGUCAAGAGGAUGCGGAAGUCGGGUCAAUAUGCGAGCGAAUUGGAGGUGAUCGCGGCGGCAAGGUGGCUCAAGCGGGAUAUUCGCAUCAUCCACAAGGACCACUCGGAGACUAUUCCCUGUACGGUCGACCCCUCCACCGCUCCCGUAGCGACCCCUGAGCCAGAAGCCCCUCCACUUGCCCCUGUCGAGUCCCAGUCGGGCGCGGUCCCAGCCCCGGCCACACCACAACCCCCAGGAAGGCAACGUCGGCGCACUCGGUCCGCCACAACAUGCCUUCUCGCGACCCCAGCGGCUCCACCCCCUUCAUCCCCCAUGUACGCUACCGCCCUCGCCGAGUACCUUCCCGACACCCGUGAGGGUCGCACCAUGCUCUGGCUGGCCCUCUUCAACGAUGCAGAGCACUACCAGUCUAUCCGCCGCAAGGGGGAUCGGGAGCGCGGGCCUGCCGAAGUUGAGGACCGCCUCGCACUUCCACACGAAAAGGACCUCAGCGAGUCGGCCCGGAUCGCGCGGGGCGAGAUGCCUGUUCCGGGCCCGGACAAGAGCGCGUCCGCUAAAGUCGCGUUGGUCCAAGCCUCGCUUCCUACGGGACACGCGUUCUCGGCGGACCACAUCACCAAUAUACUCGCGCGAGCCAAAGGCGACGUUGGCGGGGCGGUCGAGAUCCUCCUGGAGGAGAUGGACGGAAGUUCGGACAUGAGCGAGCUUUCGGACGAGGAUAGCGACGGCAAGGUCGAAGCUAUGCUUCUCGAUCCGGUCGAGGAGCUCUCUAGCCAGACCUACCGGGAAGCGCCCGCCGCCAUCCCACGUCCCGCUAGGACCGACUCCCCUUCUGGGUCGAGCAUCACUACGGCGGAUCAGACUAGCGAAAGCGACGACCUCUCCCACUCAUCCAUCGCGACGACCCAAUCAGUCGAGUCGCUCGCAUCCCGCCGGUCUACUCGAUCCACCUCGGGCGGGUCCAAGGGGAAGGGCAAGGUGACCAAGCCAUACGAGCGUCCCGUCGCUGCGAGAAAGGGGAAGGAGCUCAGUAAAGAGCUUGAGGAGCUCAAAAUGGGUGCUGGUGCCGGCCCGAGCAAGCGAGAGUCAGAGAGGCGGCAGAGUGCAGCGGAGCAGGGGGAGCGGAGGAGGAGCCAGCUCGAUGAGCUCAAGGCGGCGCGGGAGAGGCAGAAGGUCAAGGCGUAA